AUCGGCGCGGCGCUUAGGUCAAUUGUUUGAUUCGGAAGCUGUUGUCCGGAGCUGUCGGAUCAAUAAUUCCUGAUCCCGCCACUGGAUAACGGACCUGGGAAUUCAUGAAUCUUUAAAGGAGAUUCGUAUUUUUGCUCAAUUAGGCCUAUAGACCCUAGUGAAAUUUUAAGUUUGGAUAGCUGUAGAAAGAGCUAUCGUUACGCAGUACGAGCUAGCCGGGAGUACGAGACUCUCGUCUUCGAUUUCCAGUGGGCUGUGCUCGGGGUCUUUGCUGUUGCAAAUGCGACGAGAUUCGGCCUGCUGAGUCUGUGCCUGGCUGUGCAAGUACGUUCCGGAGUGCCAAAUCUGUGUAAAGAAUUAUGCAGUGACAUAUUUGCCCCUUCCUUGAGGAACGAUAGCGAAGAAAAUUGUUAAGUCAUGGCAAGCCUGGUGAAAAUGUCUGCAACAGUUUUUCUGUUUAAAUUAUUGCUUGGACUCGUUUUAUUGUUUGUGAGUAUAGUGAGGAUAAAUGCAGUUUCAGGAGUAUAUCUACUAUGCCUUCUAGCGUUACCUCUCAUCCCAAGCCCUACUACAGUGUUACAUCUCCAAGGGAGUGCAGGGCGGUAUAUGAAAACUGUUGUCAUUCUGAGUGCUCUUGGAUGUGUUACACAAAUACUUUAUCAGGUGGUUUUAGCGGCCCUGGAUGUUUAUAGUGAAACUAUAGAGAGCUGUAAUGCUACAGAUACAAUAUGGAGACAGUUGGGAUAUCAGAGAUUGGAUGACCUUAAUGGAAUCAAUAUUGCCAGAUUAGUCGUUCCUGAUGUCAUCCUCUUGGUGGUAUCUGUGAUGGUAUUUCUCUCCUGCAAAUACAUCCUCACCCCACCCCAGACAACUCAAUCUGAGUCCUCUGAACAUGGCGAAUCACUCUCCCCAGUCAUGGAACGGCGUCCUCGACGAACGUCGGUUGUUGUUGAGGGACUACGGUCCUGCAACAUCAUGAUCUUCUGUGCACUUUCUGGAAUCAUCCUUCCUUCGGCCAUCUCUGCAGUGUACUUUGUGAGUUUCUUGGUGGUGGUGACCUGGUGGUCUUUCUAUCAGAGUUGGGGAAGAGUCUUCAAGUCGAUUGAACUCCUGUGGCUCAUCUACAGUGGUGCCCAUGUCAUCAUCCUCUAUAUAGUCCAGUUCCAAUUUUUCCAGGAGUUGGUACCAUACGAUUCUGACGAAGGACUGAAUGUACCAGCAUUGGUUGGUCUUACACCCAUUAUUGAUUCCCUGCGUUGUGACCAAGGUGAUGAUCCAAGAGAGAUAUCCAUUGCUUCUACUGCUGGCUGGACAACCUUGGUCAACCCCUGGAUAGUGUUCCUCUUCUACUGGUUCUUAGGACAUGAAGUCCAAAGGUGGUUUGCAGGACCGCCUUUUCAGUCUGAUUGGGAGCAAAGAAUCCUAUCAGGGAAUAGUAAAAGAUAUGGGGAAUAUGUGGAGAUUGUCAGAAGGAAGAGUCCAAAGAAGAGAGGAAAGAAAUCAGGAAAAGAUGAAAAACAGGAGACAGAUGAGCAUCUUGUUGGAGAAGGUGCAGGUACCUCCUACCAGACCAUGGACCCCACCCCUCAGCAGACCCAAGAGGAUGCUACUGAUGGUGAAGUUGGGACCACCGGAGCUGAAUCUGCACCUACCAGUGGGGAUGAAAGAGGGGCACACAAGAUGAGUGCCUUCACUACCUUACUUGGGUUCCUAACCAAACAGAGCUAUAUCGUGGGUCUUAUACUUAUGAUGGCCUGGAGUAUUAUCUAUUUGAGUUGGAUCACCUUUGUGCUUCUUCUAUGGGCUCUUCUCAUCUGGAUUGUCCCUAUCAGUACCACAAGGAAUCGCUGCCUCUACACAUCACCCCUCCUGGUCUUCUAUGCUGAAGCCAUCAUUAUUAUCACCUUCGUCUAUGGUCUUGAGACUAACCUACCUGAGAAGGCCAGCGGUAUUGAUCUCAAAGAAGUUGGUCUUAGACAUUACAAGUACCCUUUUAUUCCUCUACUUGUGGAGAUGGCAUUUACUUUGAUGUUCUGGCUGACAUUGCGUCAAUUCCUGAGGGAGCAGAAGCUACGUAGGCACAACGUUGAUGAAGGCAUUGUUCUUCAGCCAUUUGGUGUCAUUUUCUCUGGUCCAGAAGAAGAAGUGAUGUCAACGGACGUGGAUGGACAUCAUCUACACCGUGGCCACAGUGUCACUAUGACAUUCUUGGGUCAAACUCUUAAUGCUUUACUUGCCAAGUACUGGAUCCUAUUAUGUGGUCUCAUGUUCCUCAUCAUCAGCCUUCAAGGGACUGUGGAUAUCUUCAAGACCAUCUAUAUGUUACUUUUCUUGAUACUGCUUAAUAUCUUUAUGCUCUCGUUUACUUUAUUCCGUUUCGUCCUGCGAGUGUUUGGCUGGAUAGUUGUGCUCUAUUCCAUGGCAGUGCUGUGUAUGAUAUACACCUAUCAAUUCACUGAUCUACGCAACCUGUGGAUAAACAACACCUUUUUCACAGAAGAAGAGCUUGCAGUGUUGGGACUCCAAAAGUAUGAUGAUCUUGGCAUGCUGAUCACCAAUCUUCUUAUCCCAACUGCUUUCAUCAUUUUAGUUAUGAUCCAGCUUCAUUACUUCCAUAAUAAUUUCAUCUCAAUUAGCAAUAUCAAGAGUUCAGGUUACCGUCCUGGUAGUUUAGAUGAAGAUGGUGGAUCAGGGAAGAAGGCUGAUGAUGAAGGAUCACCUGCUGCUGAUGCUGUCAUUGAAGUUGAUGAAACAGACAAAACUUCUAUCAGUAGCAAGAAGAGUUCACCAACAACUAGAUCGACCUGGAAGCUGAAACUGGCAAAGGCUUAUCACCUCUUCAAUACUUAUCUUGGACCAUGUCAGGUAUUUCUCUGGAGACUCCUGGAAGUCCACAUGAUGAAGUUGGUCUUUUUGACUAUCAUUCUGGUCGUAACUAAAGAACUGACAGCAGUGAAUGGUAUUCUCCUUCUGAUCAUCUUCCUCCCGAUUGCCAUACCAUCCCUCCAUCGUGUCUGCUGUAUGAUGUCAAUGUUAUGGGUCUCUGUGGUAUUAUUAGGAAAGAUGGUCUUUCAGUUGGAUUAUUCCAACUGGUUUGAUGUGGAUCUCACGACCAACUGCACAGAGAAUCCAGAUUUCCCUAUUCAGGUUGACUUCUUAAUUCCAGACUGGUUUGGUUUCAAACAAGUGGGCUAUUUUUACAACUAUGUAGAGGGUUAUGUUGCCAUCAUCAUUAUGCUCAUCAUCUACAGCAUUGUGAUGUUACAUCAACAGCAGUAUCGUAAUCAACGAGGCUUGGUUAAACCUGACUAUAGCAUCGUCUUUAAUGACAUCACUAGGGAGUGUGCUGAUAAAGAUGGUUUGCCAGGUUGCAUUAAAUUCCUCAUUAAUUACUGCUUCUACAAAUUUGGUUUAGAGAUCUGUUUCACCACUACCGCCAUUGUUGCUGCUGUACGUCUUGAUGUCUUUGCUUUCAUCUUCCUACUCAUGAUGGUCCCUCUUUUGUUUAUCAAACGUCGUAAAUGUGCCAUCUUGUGGCCAUUAUACAUGCUUGUCUUGAUAUUUCUGUUUCCUGUAGCCUAUGCCUUAGCGCUUGGAUUACCUCCAGUCUUCUGUAUAGAUUAUCCAUGGACUGAUGUUCUUCCGGCUCGUCUUAACACAUGGCUGUAUCUGUCUAACUACCUUACUCCUCGAGACCCUAACCCAAGUGCUAUCGUUGCGGAUUUCUUUCAGCUACUAUUUGUAUGCCUCCAGUGGCAAGUAUUCCGUGUUGAAAAGAAUCAUGAUAUCAUCACAGGAGGAGGUGAUAACUAUGAGCUCUCUGUGGAUGUUGAGAGAAUAGAUCUGUAUCCAGUACCAAACUUUACUUUCAAUAGGUCAUAUCUGGAUCUCAUAAAGAGCAUGGUAUUUGGAUAUGCCUUCUACUUCACCUUGGCGAUUGUAUUCCUGUGUGCUACAACUCGUAUCAGCAUCCUUGGUCUGUGGUACCUUGUCUUUGCCUUCUACUUCCUUUGGUAUGGCCCCAAGUUUCUUACCAAACCAACUGAUAAAGUCCUGAAACAGUGGAAUUUCUUGGUAGGAUACACCCUGUUUGUGAUUUUUAUGAAGGUUGGACUUCAGAUCAUGGCAUGUGCCUAUGGAAAUGAUAUCGAUAAAAAUAAUCUAUGUUGGAUUAUGCAACUAUUAGGUGUCAUCUGCUUACAGACUGACUACACGGAGGAGAUCUGUGGACUACCUGCUGACCAAGCUAGACUUACAUGGGAUGUGACUUGUUUCUUGUUUGUGGUGUUCCAGAGGCAGAUUUUCACCAGUAACUACUUCCUAUAUAUUGUCUUGGACCUAACUGAGGAGGAGAAACUGGCUUCAAAGGGUGCUGAGCUUAUCAACGAGAUCCUAGCAGCCAAGGUUCGCAACAAACGCUUAGAGGAGGAACGUAUACUGGAAGGUGUAAAGAGAAAGAUGAAGAGAAUCAAAGAGAAGCAACUCAAGCUGACAAGUAAAAAGAAUCAAACAUGGCAGCCAAAGUCUCAUGCUGAAGCUAUCAGAGGAACAGGAGGUUAUUACAUGUUUGAGGAUGUAGAUGAUGAUGACCUGAGUGACCUGGAAGCAGAAGGCAUCACGUCAUCAGGAGAACCAUCAAGUCCAAAGAAUCCACUUCAGCUUGCAUUUCAUGGUAUUGUAGAAGAUCCCAAAAAAGCCAUUCAGAUUGAUAAAGAACACCAAGCUGCUAUAUCAGGAGCAGAGGAGGAUCCAGAUGAUCCUGAUGCAGAUGCAGUAUCAUAUUCAACAGCUGUCAGUGGUGAAGGAGGUGAUAAAGAUCGUUUUAAAGAUGGGAAAGGCCGUGUAGAUGAGGCCCAGGAUGAUGAUGAGACUGCCACUAGAGGGAGCUAUACAGAUGAUAUUGAGAUGGAACAGGAGGAAGAACCUGAAGGUACUGUUGGAAAGAUCAAGAGUGCCCUGGCCCUGACGUGGCUCAUCUUCCUGCGUUCUGUGGAUACUUUGAUACAAUUCUUAGAUAACAUCUCAAAGGAGUACCGCUAUGUGGCCAAAGAAUUAAAGAAGCUGACCACUGAAGGAAAACGAAGGAGAGCAAUGAAAAAACACAAACCUGCAGAGCUCCAAGACAUGUCUGGUAAGGAAAGUGAAAAAGAAGAAUUAGAGACUAAAGGAACAGAAGAAAAACAGGCAAAAGAUGGUGCAACAGGAAGUCCUGCUGAUGAGAACGAAUCUCCAACAAGGGAUAUCAGAGUAUCCAUCAACCCUGAGCCCACGUCCGAAGUGAUAUUUCAGAAGUUCAUGGAGAGCAAUGGCCAUGAUGAAACAUGCUCCACAGCUGAGACCAGCUCAAGCGAUCAAUUCCGCCGCACCAUGAUACGCCCCGUUCGUCUGAUCUACGCUGCCCUCUAUGCCAUAAUAGCCCAAUCACAGCUGGUAUGCUACUUCAUUAUCAUUCUCAACCAGUUGUUAUCAGCCAGUCUCCUCUCUUUACCCCUGGUACUCAUAGUUUUCCUCUGGGCAAUGCUCUCCGUACCUCGCCCUACCAAGACCUUUUGGAUUACGGUCAUCUCGUACACUGAGGUAAUUGUCAUCUUGAAGUACCUGUUCCAGUUCCAGUUUUACCCAUGGAACAGUGACACAUCAAAGGAUCUUCAUAGCACUGAUCCACUUUGGUUCCCUAGGAUCCUUGGUAUUGAACAGAAGCCCAACUAUGCAGUCCUGGACCUGUGUAUCCUGCUAUCAGUUUUCUUCCAUCGCUCAGUUCUUAUUAGGCAUGGACUAUGGCAAGAGUCUCGUGUUGUGCCUGAUCUCGACAGUCAACAAACAGAUGAUGUCCCUGCCCUGACCAGUACAGACAUGGCUGUAGAAGAUCAGAAUGGCGAUGAGAUGGAAAGAGCUGGGAAGAAGGAUAAGAAGAAGAAAAAGAAGAAGAGGAAAGAAAAGGAGAAAAAGCCGGCAGAAGAAGGUGGAGCAAAAGCUGAGGUGCUUCUAUCAACAGAUGAUGAACAGCAGUUAGAAGUCCAAGAUGCUGAACAUCAAGGAUCGUCUGAUCUAUCAGAGCUAGAAGAUCCACCGAGGAGAUGGUAUCAGCCUGUGAUAAACUUCUAUCAUAACAUGAUUGAUCCUAUGUAUAGUGCUGUUACAGAUGUCUAUGUCUUCAUCUUUGGUAUUCAGUUCAUCUGUUUCCUCAUCAUAGCCCUCUUCUCAUCUGCAUUCGGGGAGGAGCGGGCCACCAGUGAUGUAGCCCAGCUGAUCAGCUCUAAUACAAUCCCAAUCAGUUUCCUUCUCCUCCUACUCAUCAUGUUCAUCAUCAUUGUCAUCGACCGUGCCAUCUAUCUCUGUAAGAACGUCAAGGCAAAGUUCAUCUACCUUGUUGUUCUUGUCAUUGCUAUCCACCUAUGGCUCUUCUUUAUUCUGCCGUCUUAUAAUAACAAGCCUUUUGUGGACAAUAAUCCAGCGCAAGUAUGGUAUUUCUUCAUCUGUAUCUACUUCGGUCUAUCAGCUUAUCAGAUUACAUCAGGUUAUCCAACAAGAAUCCUGGGUAAUUUCCUCUGCAAGAACUACAAUCUAGUUAGUUUGGUGCUCUUCUAUGGAUGGCGUGUUAUUCCAUUCCUAACUGAGCUACGUACUCUGAUGGAUUGGAUCUGGACCGAUACUACCCUAUCACUCAGCCACUGGCUACAGGUGGAAGACAUCUACGCUAAUGUAUAUCCUAUCAAAUGCUUCAGGAAUAGAGAAGUGGCCUACCCUGUUCCCCGUGGCACCAAGACACCCUGGAUCAUCAAGUAUGGAGUAGGAGGAGGGAUGUUGAUAGCUCUUAUCUUUGUUCUUUGGUUCCCUCUCAUCCUCAUCUCAUUAGCAAACACCACCAGUAUCAUGAACCCACCUACAUCAAUGUCAGUUGAAAUUGGUUUUGGUGGAUUUGAGCCCAUCUUUAAAAUGAAUGCCCAGAGUGAGGACUUGAAUCCCAUUAAUACUACACAGUGGAAUAAUCUACAAGCAGAAUUUGCACAGGACUUGAAUGCAAGGACCUUCUUAGAUGGAUAUCGUCAGGAGGAUGUUGUGAUUGCUACAAUCAGUGGUAACUCAACAGGUACUUGGGACAUCAGUCCACCAAGCAGAGAGAACCUGAUUAAGAGCCUACAGACAGAUGUUAACCUUUACAUCUACUUCAAGUAUUCUUUUACCAGAAUCACCAAUAAUGCCCAAGUCACACCCACCAUAGAGAACAAUCUUGAUGUGAUACUGACAAAGGAAUACGAUGAAUUUAGGGAUAAUAUGACUCAGCAACUUGAAUUUACCAACGUGUCAAGUGUGAUGAAAAAUUUCAUUCCAUCAUAUAUCAAGGUCCCAGCUCUAUCCAGCCCUGAACCAGUCACUAUCCUACUUGAGAAAGGUGGUUAUGUUAAUGCCUCUUUACAUCUGGAGGUUGGUGGGAUAUUAGACCUUGUAGGAACCAAGGAAUGGUGGGAGGUGGCAGAUAGUUCCUCUGAAGAAAGUUCUACCAUCCAGAUACUCACAUUCAAUGAAAGGGUUGCAUCAGAGCUUCUUGCACCGCUCUCAAGUUAUGGAAUAAUUGGUCUGUACGUCUCCCUCGUCCUUGUGAUUGGUCGUUUCCUUAGAAUGUACUUCAGCGGUAUCUCCUACCAGAUUAUGUUCAACGAGCUACCUAACGUAGACCGCAUCCUCAAGCUUUGUCUAGAUAUCUAUCUUGUGAGAGAGAGUGAUGAGAUGGAGUUGGAAGAGGAUCUAACAGCUAAACUUAUCUUUCUCUACCGAUCGCCAGAGACACUCAUCAAAGUCACCAAGUGGAAGACUGAUUGAUGAGAGAGAUAGUGAAAGUGAAUGAGGAGAAAAGAAAGAAGAUAAGCUUAGACUAGGUUUAUAGAUGAUGGCCCUUAUUCUGAAUUUGGGUUUAAUGCAAACAGGGUUAAGGUUGUGGUUAGUUAAGGAUGUGG